UUAAUUAAAAUGCAUGCUUUUAGAGGCAAAUUCCUUGAACGAAGAAGAGCUACUGCGAGUAAUAUUGGGUGAAGUCCUGAUCGUUCAUCAGUCGCAAGCAAAGUAACAAAAACACCAAGGUCAAUUACUUGUGUACCAAGUCAGAAAUUUAGAGAUCUGCCAUCAAAAUCGCUAAACUUGAGCUAUAAGAAGUUAAAGCUUUUUUGGAAGUUUCCUUACCAUAGACUUAAUAAAAGAGCACAUAGAGAUUUGAUAAAAUAAUCUUGACCUGAUUAAAAAGUCUCCAAAAUGUCACCUUAAAAUCAAAAGGGUGCAGAAUAAGCCUGCUAAUCCAGUGACUCGGGAGGAAAGUCUGAACCAUAUCCAGUCACUUGUUAAGAAGAUCAGUAUGAGAGUACAACAACGAAAAAGGGAUUCUUUCAACUUCAGUCUCAAGUUUACAAAGAGAAAAUCAGAAAGUAGAAAUUUCUUGAAUUCUUCAAAUAUGACUUCAAAGAGUCGAUCUAAGAGACGAAAAUAAGUCUGUCAAAACCAAGUACUCGCUCUCUAGCGAUGUGUCUAAUGGAGAACUAGACUACCCUCAGCUUUAUUGAAGAGCAUUUGAUAGCUUAAAGAAGGACUUAAAUAUGAAGAAAGAGAUUGGAACAGAUUUUCUAAUGUCACCUCCAAGAAAUAAGAGUAGCUUAUACCAUAGUCAGAAAUGGUGUGUAAAUUGUGCCAAUGAGAAUCCACUCCUCUUGUCCCACAUAGGUAGUUAACCUUGAUUACUUAUUCCCAAUAUGCAGG